GAUUAUUACAACUCAUCACUCUCACUGUAUUUAAAUUUCUGACUUCUGAGUUCAUAUCAGGAAACAUGUUUUACAACAAAUCACUUCUGUUUUGCUCUUUAAAAUACUUUGUUUAAACCCUUUCGAAAUCAAAUCGCCACGGAUAAUCUUCAGGUUUCGUGAAGAAGAAGGGUUCUUCUGUCUAGAUUUGACCCUCCUGCUACUUGGUUUUUGUUUCUUUUUUAAAAAAAACAGAGUUACUGUUUUAGCACUCUGCAGAAACACGUAUGGAAAAAACCAAGUGUCCCCCAUUUAUGACAACUAUGAUCUUCCAUUGAUUUUCUUGUCUUACAGAAAAAAAUAAAAUUAAAUAUAAACAAAACCCAUUUAAUUGAAAAUUAAAUUUGAGCUCCAAAUUUUGGACUUCUUUUCUCUCUCUGUUAUGAAUCCUCUCCGUUUUAAGCUGCCACGAAGUCAAUGCACCGACUUCUCUGUUUCUAUUUCGUUCAGUGUUCAGUUUCUUCACAUGGGGUUUGGUAUUUCUCUACAAAUUCUGUGUGUCUUUUCUCUUUGUUGUUUGGAUUUUCAUUUUUCCACCUAUUUCUUUUCUGGGUUUGUUUAAUGAAGAUAUCCAAAAUGAAUUCUCGGAAACUAGAACAAAAGAUUAGAGCCCAUAGGACAAGUAGGAAUUCAAGUAAGGGUUUAGUAUCUGAUUUAGAGAAAGAGGAGCUGAUCUCUAAAAAAAUGAGAGAGAGAAUUCAUGGCCAAUCUUCUAUUCCAUUCAUGGAGGUUUGUCAGGGAGCUGAGAAGUUGAAUCAUAUGGUUGGUUCAUGGUCUAAGGGGAUGAGAUCUGAGAGCAAAACUGAGAAGAUUGCUGAGGAUUUGUUGGAAGAAACUUCAAGUUUAAGAGAUUCACUGAUUAUGUUGGCUAAGUUGCAAGAAGCUUCGAAUAAGUCGAUUCGGUUGAAGAGGACAUAUCCAAGAAGUUUUUCUUCUCAUCUUGAAGAUGAGUGUUUUCCAGUUGAGGUUCAAAGAUCAAAGCUUUCUACACAUGGUUCUUCCAGAACUGGUGCUGAUGAGGUUAAGAAGAUGAUUGGAAACAGCCCAGUGAAGCGAGAUUCAGUGCGUAAUGUUACAGUUGGUGAACAUAAAUCUUGUUUUUGUGAUAUAAAUUCCAACUUGGAUUCGGAAAUUUCGUUGACUAGUUCCAGCCAAUCUUCAAUGAUUGAUGAUAAUGUCAACUGUUCUCAUGGUACAACAUCUCAACAGAAUUUGAAACGUAAUAACUUGAUUGCUAAGCUUAUGGGGCUUGAAGAAAUUCCAUCAAGAUCAAUGCAAAUUACUCAGAAGAAAGAGUUUGAAUUAAAAAAAGUCUGUGGUUACAAAGCAUCUCUCUUUGGCGUCGAUGCAACGUUGAAUAUGCCGAAGUCUAAAUCUGUCAUCAACAAGGAGGAUCAUCGAAAAGGAACCUUGAGAGAAAUACUUGAAAAAAUGCCUGUCAACAGGCUUAGAGAGAGUGAUUCUGAUAUAGAGUUUAAGAUUCAUUGCUCAAAUUCCUACAAUAAUGGUUCCAAACAGAGGUUGAAAGACGGACUGCCAAUUGUAUUGAUAAAACACAAGCCUCUUCCAUCUGAGAAAUUUGAGGAACACCGACAUGUCUCCUCAAAAGAUGAUGCUUUUGACCAAAAAACUAGGCUAAGAAGUACGAAAAAGAAAGAACUUUGGUCGGUUGAAGAUUUUGAUUUCCAUGGUGGAAUUGUGAGUUCAGAUAAAUUGCACAGCAAACAAAAGGGAGAAGGGACUCCAGUCAAACAGAUUGCAGAGAAGUUGAAAAUAUCCAAUCCAAUGCCUGAUAUGCGCCAUGAGAAAGAACCAAUUGAUAGGAAAGUUCUUACAUCAAAGAAACUGACUAAACCAGUGGAAAAAGAAUUUCCAAAAGAAAAAGUGGUGUCAAGACCAAAACAUCAAGAAAAAGUGACAUCCACUAAUCCAAGGAAGAACAGAACUCACAAACAACGUAGCUCCAUUCAAGAUUCUGUGCCAGGACAAGCAGUGAGAGCGAUAUCUAACAAUCGCGACUGUCAGAAAAAGGAGGAACUAGUACUUCCCCAUUCAGAAGUUAAUUCAUUUACUCACAUGGUUGAAGUCAAGAAAGAUGAUGAGAUUACUGAUACGAAUGAAAGUGUUGAUCUUCAGAUAAAUCGAAACACUACUACCCUUAUGGCUUUAAUUACUAUGGAGAACGAAAUGGACAAAUGUGAUACAAAGAUUAUAGGCUGCCAUGAGAACCCAAACUCUCUGUCGCCAUUGAGCCCCAAACUCGAUAUCAAUACAAGUACUGUUGAAGAAAUUGAUCACAAUGGUCAUACUGAAGCAGAUACCAAAAGCUGCAAUCAAGGGACCAAUCUGAAAGCAUUACUUUUGAAAAGUUCAUCAUUCCUCUGUCAUGCAGAGGAGCUUUUUGAUCUCCAUCUAAAUGGUAGAACAAUGCCGCAGGCAGCAUCUCGCUGCAAUGAUCCUGAAUCCCUGAAUACGAAACUUUUUGUAGAUUGUGCAAUAGAACUUGUCGACCGUAAAGGCCAUUAUAACUUACCAGUAGGCAAUUCUUUAGUACUAGGAGAUAAGAGCAAUACAAAGAUAGAGAUUUCCAUAGAAAAACUUGUUGAAGAAGUGAACGACGACAUCGAAACUCUAACGAGUUACCAAACAAUAUGUGGCAAUAAUCUUAUUGUAGAUACUCUAUAUGCAGUGUUGAGUAGAGACCUAUGGUGCAAAGAAGUGAUGAAUGGAAUGUGGGCUAUUGGUUGGAAGAAUGAAUUUUCAAGCAGUGAAAGUGAGGAAGUUGUAAAUGAUAUAGAAAUGAUGAUUUUGAGUGGACUGAUUGAAGAGUCCUUUACAUAACAUCAGAAAAUUGUAUCUUCUGUAUUGUAUAUACAAGAGGAAAAAAAAACUUUCAAUUACUACACCUAUAAUCUUUAUUCCAAUGCA